AUUCUAAUGGUAACCGUAAUCACUUAGUAUUAAUCACCUUUCAAUUCUUAAACGUAGUGAUUGUUGUUAAUGCUCAAAAUUUGAGAAACUGAAGCCAGAUAAUAUAAAUAGAGACACAUAAACUUCCAAAAGAGAUAUAUAUUUACAUUCUAUAACACAUCUUUUCCACAUAAUAAAAACUCAUGGACACUCUUAUAAUGGUAUCGAUCAUGACCCUAGUGCUCUUUGUUAGCUCUGGAUCCGCACGUGCGGCCACUCUUAUCGUAUCCAACCAGAUGCAGAGACGUGCUAAUGUUCCCGUCUUCGUGACGUGCCAGGGCUCAAUUCCUAGGAUGUCUAAACCCAUACCUUUGGGUCAAGUCUCGUUGAUAAAGAUCCCAAUCACUAGCGGACAAAAUGCGACUGAUGAUAUCCCACCCACUGCUGGAAAAAACGAUAAACCGGCGAGACCUAGAGUGUCGCAGCGGACGUCUUGCGAAGGAACGUUUUGGGGUGAAGCGCAAUUCGUGCCCUCUUUGAGGAUGUACCGUUUGUACGAUUCGGACACUGAUUCUGCGGUGCGUUUCGUUGUUGCAAAAGAUGAUGGGUUUUACUGUUGGAACAAUGACAAGAAUUAUUGGCACAAGUGUCCUAUGAUCAUUUUCAUCUAA